AAGGGCGGAAAGAGUUUAAAAAAAACUACCGAUAUAAAAUUAUUACAUAUGUACAGUACGAUCAUUUUUAGUUCAUUUCGAAAGUGUUUGAUGACAUUUGGUUCCUUUACAAAAAACGUUUGACGAUUGAAAAUAUCUGGCAACACUUAUAAAAUGAAUAAAAUGUCAAAAGAAAGAUGGAGGAUAAUUUUGAGUAUGAUAUUCGGUUUUCCAGCAAUGCUUGCUUGUCUAGCGACGAAGUACUGAGAGGAAAGUAUGAUAUUAUCCUUCGAGAAGAACCGGUUAUCGUAUUGCUCGGUUGGGGAGGAUGUAAAGAGCAUCAUCUUUCCAAAUACAGCACUAUUUAUGGAAAACAUGGUUGUACUACUUUGAUGUACAUUGCACCAUUGGAAAUGCUGAUUUCAAUAAAUUCUAGAAAAAUGUUGGCAUCUAAUGCAAUAAAACUUGUUAAUCUAUUAGAAGAUAUGGAUCUGAUUGAAAAACCAUUAUUCUUUCAUUGUUUUAGUAAUGGAGGAGCUUUAAUGUAUGAUCUUAUGAGAGAAACACUGUUAAAAAGGGAUGAAGUUUACAAUAUUAGAGGUUGUAUCUUUGACAGUAGUCCAGCAGAAUUUGGAUUGUCAUAUAUUUUCAAAAUGUUAUCAAUCAUAUUUCCAAUUGAAACUUUUAGAUAAUAUAUUCGAUCUGUUUUAAUAUUUUUAUAUUUGUAUGCGGCCUUUCUUUAUAAUCGUUUUAUAAAUUGUUUAGUUGAUAGGAAAGACCAUUUAAAAGCACUCAGUCCAUGGCACGGUUUGA